CGGCAGUGGUGGCACGUGCCACGCGCCACGCGCCACGCAACAAACGAAACAAUUCCAUUGCUAGGUAACCCGCCCGGCACGACGGAUUGUCGGUAAUCGUAAAUGGCUAACAAUUUUGCAAAGUGAUUGCGCUCGAUCUCUCGAGGUCUCUGCUGAGGAAAUUGCUCUUGACGAAGAAUGUCGAGCGCGACGUACGACGAGCUUUGGAGAGCGGGCCAAAUGUUGCUGACAGAGACGAUUCAGACGGAUACGGUGCUUCAAGGUGCGAAGCCGCAAAAGGAUCGUAGAAAGGCGCACGAUGUUGUCUCGAUGUUGUACGUAAAAUAUAUCCUCGCGUGUAACAAGCUCGAGCGAUGUUACGAUCAAGUGAUACAGCCUCAGAAGCGCCUGCUGAUCAAGAGAUCGUUGGACGCGACUCUGGGCAGAGUGUUGGAGCUGAAGCACGAGCUGGUCAAUAUUGAUCUCUCGGAGUAUAGCUAUUACGACGACGCGCUAAUUGAAUGUGGCGUGACACCGCAGGAGGCCGAGAUCCGGAUACCGAGUUACUACAGACGCGAUCGAAUCGCGGAGAUCGAAAGGAGACGGAAAUUCAUCGAGGAUACGCUCCGAAAUCUGGGCGCGCUUCACGAGAUUGUUGCGCCCAGAAAAAUUACCGAGUCUCAAGCUAUACGACUUAUUCAGGCUCAUGAACGAGCGAGACAAGGUAGACUGCGGUAUCAAUUUAUGAAAGAAGUUCGCGAAAUGAAAGAAAAAUCGACUACUAAGACAGAAGUGGAAGAAAAGGAUAAAGUGAGCGAGAGACUCGCGGCACUAAAAAUUCAGAAAGUAUGGAAAGGAUAUAUCACUAGAUGCUACAUUCGCAAGAGACGCCUUGAGGAGAUGUUACUUAUAGGAAUGCUACAACCUAGUCAAGUGAUCACAGAGAGUGCCAGACAGGCGGAGAGACUGAAACAACAGAGAUACGAAAAGCAACUGAAUUUUCAACAGCAAUACGAAGAUCUGAUUAUAGAGGCCACAGAGAGAAUUCGCAAGGAGAGAAGCGCUAUUAUGGAAGAAAACAUAAGGAGUGAAAUUCGAAAUUGGAUUGACACGUAUUUUCAACAAACCGGAAAGAUACCCGACUUACCAUCCGCCGAAAGCGGAGGUUCGCGAAUGAUUUUCAGCAGACAAGGGACCGAGAGUACCGUGAGUAAGUCCACGGCGAUAUCAUCGAAAGACUCGAAGAAAUCGAAACGUUCAAAAUCGAAGAAAGAUAGCGAAACGGAGCAGUCGGAGGACGAGACGGAUCUAGGAUUCAAAUCUGUCCCCUCUAAUUUUCUGCCGGAACUGAUCCAUGCAAAUCAAGAGUAUCAGGACGCUUGGAAAGACAAGGACGAAUCCGCGAAUCCGAUGCAGUUACCUUAUCACGAUAUAAUAGAAGCGGAGAAGACGAGGGAAAUCGAGAACGAGGUCAGAACAGUUGUGGAUCAAGCGAUGAGAGGCGAUAUAGAGGCUCUUCAGCUUGCGUUAGAUAGAGACAAAGGUCUCAAAGGGAAACGCGCGAAAAAACCUCAGAAGCGAGUUCGCAGGAGCGGAAAAAAAAAUAAGAGGAAAAAGGAGAAAGACCUGACACCCGACAGAACGACCGAGUCCCUUUUCGAGGAGCUUCUCACGCAAGGAAUUAUUAAGCUUCACCGUGAAGUUUCGCUAGACGAGUUUAAGGGUGAAAAGUCUUUUGCGAACCACGAUCUUCGUGCGAAGGAGAAAGAUCCUUUUCCGACACUCGGCGACAUUAGGCAAUUAAUUGUCGAAUACUGCAUACUGCCGCUGGGCAACCAAAUCUUGAGAGAACUCACACCUCUCGUAAGAUCAGUUUUGAUAGCCGGUCCGCACGGCAGCGGCAAAAAACUCUUGGUGAACGCGAUCUGUACGGAACUUGGAGCUACGCUCUUCGACAUUACGCCGGCGAAUAUCGCUGGCAAGUAUCCCGGCAAGUCGGGUUUGAUUAUGCUCGUUCACCUAAUCUCAAAGGUAUCGCGAUUACUGCAGCCAUCAGUGAUCUUCAUGGAUGACGCGGAAAAGCCAUUUGUAAAGAAAGUAGCGAAAACAGAUAAGACCGAUCCGAAACGUUUGAGAAAAGAUUUACCAAAACUGGUGAAGAAUAUCACGAAUGAAGACGCAGUUUUGUUUAUUGGGAUAUCUAAUAAGCCUUGGGACGGCGAUCCAAAACUUUUAUAUCAAACUUAUGAUAAAGUUAUAUACAUUCCUAGACCAGAUUACGGCACUGUGUCUUUUAUAUGGAAAGAUUUGUUGUACAAAUAUUCGGGUAUUAGCCGGCAAUUUGAUACGUCAGCUAUGGCUAAAGCGUGCGAUGGUUUCACGAUAGGAAAUAUUUUAGCAGCGAUCGACGAGGUUAUGACUACGAAGCGUAUGGUACAAUUACGAACUCAUCCUUUGACUCAUGCGGAAUUGGUGAAUGCAUUAAGUUUCAAGGACCCAGUGUAUCGCGAAGAGGAAGAUGCGUUUCUAGCGUGGUUUUCCAAAACACCAACAUGUCGACGGAAGCAAAGGGCUUUGGAAUUGGAACUGGAGAAGUUAAACGAAACAAACGAGUCGCAGAAAAAGAAAAAAGGAGGAAAAUAAUAAGGAUAAAGUGAAUUCUUUUCCAAGUAAAAGAAUUCAUGUGUUUUCUACGAUGCAUUAUAUCGAUAGCCUUAAAGAAUUCGUAAUAUACUAUGUAUACGUACAGCAUGCUGUUUUUGUUCGAUGUAUAGGAAGCAAUGAAGUCAUCGCAUCUAAGAAUAGAUAAGAUAAUAACUCGGAGAUAAAAUUUUGAUUGUCUCUUUUUUUAUGAGACUAUUUGACUAUUAUUACUAUUGAUAUUUAUAAUUAAAAACUAUCUAAUAACGAUAUUGAUAGCUAAACGAAUCUUUAUCUUAUUUUUACUAUUAAUAUUAAUUAAGUCUUUGAUAUGUAAAAAAUAGAAAAUUUUCUAUCUAUUCAGAUUGGAUUAUGAGAUUGCUUAUUUCGUGAGCUACACGCUCUCUUUUUCGCACACACAUAAAGCAUCUGACAAAUUAAAUUAUACACGAUCACAUGAGGAUUGCCUUUAUGUCACAGGUCAAAGAGUCAUCAGGAUAUUACGCCAUUUGAUUGCAUAUUUUGAAAUAACAAACAACCAACUUUUACAUAUAUUAAUCUACAAACACGUGUA